UUAGAAAUUGAUUUGACAUUUGUUUUGGUACACAACACAAGGUUACUUUUAUGAUUUUUAUUAUCUUGGCGUUACUUUUGUUAAUGUUGUUGUUGUACUUUGCCAUUUACCACAUGCGAUUUCGGUAGUGCUAACUUGUGGAAGAAAAUGAUAUCCAUAGUUCUGAUCGUUCUCGUCAUUACUCUUUUACUGGCGGCGAUAACCCUUAGAGCAUUGAUCCUGAUUUAUCAAAUAUUUACGUCUAACUACAGAUUUGAUUAUGAAAAGAAUUCAUUACGCACUAUUUUAUGCAUUGGAUCUGGUGGCCACACAACAGAGCUGUUACGCAUUGCAAAAACUUUGGAUUUAAAAAAGUAUCAACCGCGGCUUUAUAUAGUAGCCGAUAAUGAUUUCAGCAGCGAAGUAAAAAUUUGUGAAGCCGAAAAAAGUGAAAUUCAUAACACAUAUGCUAUAAGUAGAAUUCCUAGAAGCAGAAAUGUAAAUCAAUCUUACUUAUCAUCUAUAUUCAGUUCCUUAUACUCAAUAUUGUAUACCAUUCCUGUUGUUUACAAUUUCAAACCUAACAUUGUACUAUGUAACGGACCAGGCACUUGCAUUCCAGUAUGUGUUGUUGCAUUUAUUCUUAGAUGCUUCUUUAUUGUGGAUUGUAGAAUAAUUUUUAUUGAGAGUAUUUGUAGGGUGAGAACGAUGUCAUUGACAGGAAAGAUUCUUCAGUUCUUUGCCGACAUAGUGGUUGUUCAAUGGCCCCAACUAAGAGAUGUUUGUUUUAGAGCAAUGUAUUUUGGUAGAUUAACAUGACUACUGAACCUUGGUUCAAUGAAAUCUUUUGUAUUGUUUAUACUAAUAAAACCGUCAGUAACUCUGAAAAAAUGUAUAAUUAAAAGUUCUAGGGAGAUCUUUAACACUAACUUCCUUAAUUUAAAGCAGUCACUCACUAUUCCACAUGUUGUUGUACCAUCAAAAUAUACAAAAAAUGUUUGUAAUACAGAUUCUUAUAUAUUCAACAUUUUUUCCAAAAUGGAGUCAAAUGACAGUUCAUUGAAUAUUCUAUUGACUGAAAUGCU